AUGCGCGCGACGACGAGCGCGACGACGCGCGCGACGACGACGACGAGCGCGACGACGAGCGCGACGACGACGCAGGCGCUCGCGAGUGGAUUCGCUCGCCGGAUCGACCGCGCCUUGGCGCUCCGACUGAGCGACGACGCCGUGGUUGGAUCACGCACGCGCGACGACGAGGGUGGAGAGGGGGACGACGGCGGUGAAACGACGUCCUCGCGCGCGACGGCGCCUCGGGUCGAUCUCGCGACGUGCGUGCGGGCGCUGAGCGACAUUCUCUCGUCCCAGCACAAGACGACGACGCCGUGCGCGUCGGUGAACGUGCGCGCGGCGGUCGAGCGUCGCGGCUUAGCGCUGAAUGAGAGCUUUCUGGACGCGUCGCUCAUGGCUCAAACAAAGCUGAGCCAGGUCGAGGCGACGCUUGCGGCGUUGGACGGGGCGAGAGAACGCAUGCAACGAGCGCUGGAUGGCUCAAAACAGAAGACGUCGGCGCUCUUGCGAGAGGCGGAGCGAGCGAGCGAGGAUUUACGAUCGAUCGAAUCGCGAAGAGAGCUCGUGAAAUCGUUCGCGGUAGAUUUCCAGAUCACAAAGGCGCAGGUGGACGCGUUGACGACAGUGGAGGAUGACUCGGCGGCGAGUGUGGACUUGCCCGCGGCGUUUUUCCCAGCUCUCGAACGAGUAAAAGUCAUUCAGAGCAACUGCUCCAGGCUCACCAAGGAUGCCGAUCAACAGCGAGCGGGGUUACAAAUGUUGGACGCCAUGACCUCGUAUGCGGAGACUGCGCACGAAAAGCUUCGAAGAUGGUUCGUGGCAAAGUGCCGAAUGCUUGCCGAGGAGGACGAUUUCAUCACCGAAGGCGACGAAAGGACUCUGCGAAAAGCCGUGCGCGAGUUGCGCUCGCGACCGACGCUAUUCAGGGCGUCAGUGGAAGAAGUGACGCGGACGCGGCACAACGCUCUAUUUAGACGCUUCAUCACCGCCCUGACGCGAGGAAGCGUAGGAUCAAAGCCGCUCGAAGUGCACGCGCACGAUCCACUCCGGUAUGUCGGCGACAUGUUGAGUUGGGUGCACGCAGCUGUGGCGAGCGAGAGGGAAUUUUGCGACGCCGUGUUCGGAGACGACGGUCAAGCUUCGGACAGAGACGUUAGUGAGGGCGAACUGGCGUUUGAUCCGGCAAAGGAGCUGCUCGGUAAAGUGUUCGACGCCGUUUGUCGACCGCUCAAAGUCCGAGUAGAGCAAGUGCUCGCCAGCGUGAGCUCGACUUCCGAAGGUGGAGUGAUGACGGCGUACAAGUUGGCCCAUCUGCUCAUGUUUUACUACGCCACGCUCGGAGAUUUGCUAGACGACGGCUCGGCGUUGAUAAAGGCGGUGCGCGACUUGCGCGAAAGCUCCAAGACAAGUUUCGCCGACGCUGUCGCGCAACACGGAGGAAAGUACAAGAAAUUGUCACUCGCGCCGACGACAGUCUCGGGCGACGACGCGCUCGCGCCUCCGGCGGCGUUACGGGACGGACUAUCGAAUGCGAUCGAGUUGCUCGAUGCGGUGUCGACAUCCGCGAGCUCGGCAGCGGCUUCUGACGAUGAAACGCGAGAGCUCAUCGCGUUGGCUUUGAACGGAUUGAUCGAUCCAAUUUUGCUCGCCGUCGAAGCCGCGUCGGCUCGCAUGACGGACCAAAUAAAGAGCGUCAUCGGCUCGAGCGCCGACGCGCCGAAGUGGGCGCCGGAUGCGUUCGCGCUCAACUGCUUGUACGCGAUUCGCGAACCUCUCCGUUCACACGCGUCGGCUAACGUCAAGGUAAACGACUUAAAUCGAGCGAUUUCAAAAAAGCUCACGGAAGUCGCGGACGCCGAGGCUGGCGCGCUUCUCGCCGCGACGGGUCUAAGCGACGCUUUGGAGCUCGUGGUGCUCUAUCAAGAACAAGGAAACGGUAUCAUGGCGAACGACCCAGCCUUGAGAAUCGAUCAGGUCGCGAACGCUCUAUCGGCUCUCGUGGACGCCGCUGGCACAAAGGCGCCGGAAUUCGAGUCGAUUCAAGCGCCGAGCGUGCGCCGCGACAUCGCGAUGCGAUACAACGAGCGCUUGGUCGAGGCGUACACUCGCGUGUACGCGGCGUUGCUGACGCCAUCGUCGGGAUAUGGCGCUAACGUCCGUGAAAAGAUUCGGCACGGUCCAGACGCUCUGAGCACCGUUCUUGGGGAAUCGUAG